AUGCCUGCACGCCGCCGUUCUCUUCCCCAUGGGCUCCUUUUCUGUGGCAUGCAGCUGCAGAAGUAUCAGGACCCAGGCUGCUACACGGACAACCUCAACCACGUUGUCCUCCUUACAGGCUUCCUCAUGUUAGGCACUGACGACAGCCGGCCCCACAUCUUUGCGCCAUUUUGGCUCAUCCGCAACUCAUGGGGGUCGCAGUGGGGUGAUAACGGGUACAUGCGCAUGGGCAUAGAGGCGGGGAGUGGCGUGUGUGGUAUCAACGUGCUGCCUGGCAUUUACCCCAUCGUCAAGCGUGAUUCAGGCUACGUCUCCAUCUCUCCCUGCCACUCCCCACCAGCUGCGGACGACCCCUGCAUGUUGAGGGCAUCCAAGUACAUCGUGAGUCAUCGUCGGUGCUCAACCCGUGUGAUUUUUAGGUGCAUAAAAAGUCGCCUCAAAUUGCUCCUCCGUCCCUCCCUCCCCGCCAUACCAGCUGCGGACGACCCGUGCAUGGUGAGGGCAUACAAGUACAGCAGUGAGUCGUCAUCGGUGCUCAACCCGUGCGGCAGCUUCCAGUGCACCCCUGACGGCACCUCCAACCACUGCGCCUGCACGGCGCCCUUCAAGGAGGUCACCAACGCCGACGGCAUGCGCUCCUGUGCUUACAGUGAGUGUGACAACGCUGGUGGUGGCGCUUGUAUGCCGUGCUGUGCAGAGGCGUUGCUCGUGCCAUUGAGCAGCACGCGCAACCCCUGUGAGGUGGGCACAUGCAUGGACGAUGGCGAGGGCGCCUACACAUGUGUGUGCCCGCCCACCCACACCCCUGAUACCACCAUUGACGGCUUCCCCACCUGCUCCAAAGGUGCGCGCGGAAUGCUAUGUGGGUUUCAACUGCCAUUACAAUGA